CUUAUAAUUGCUCUUAUCAGUGCGUUAGGAACUUUUAAAUAUUUAAGAAAUGGAUCAAAAUUCAAACCGAAGUCGGAAGUCUCUCAAUAUGUUGGAUUUUAGCUUCCUGGAUUACAAAGCAUCACUCAGUGCCGUGCUCCGAACUAAAAAACGUCAACUAAGUUUCGUAGAGGAUGUUGUGGAUUUUUGGCAAUAUGUUAACCAAUACGAGCGCAAAAAGCGCAGUUUAGGUCAGGCUGUGAUUCCAAUAUUCCUAUUAGAUACAAAACACACUGAACCGAAGCCAUAUAGCACAUGCAAGCACUUUUCCAUUCAGCUGGAUACUGAUAUGUUACGUUCGGAUGAAAGUGGGACACUUAGUUUACAGAUGGUGGCAGAAUUUCAAAACCUCCUGCUUACCUACCUAGACUUCAAGCAAAAGGAGAAGUUCAAUAAAAUUAAAAAGCUACGCCACUCACAACGUGCGUUGCCCAUAUAUCGGUUCAAAUGCAAUUUACGUCAAUCUCUUGAAGAUUCACGUGUCCUCAUCGUAGCUGGCGACACCGGCUGUGGUAAAUCUACGCAGGUACCACAAUACCUGUAUGAAUUUGGCUAUCGCAGCAUAGCCUGCUCACAACCACGUCGUCUGGCGUGCGUCUCGCUGUCAAAGCGUGUGGCGCAUGAGCUGCUCGACGACUACGGAAACAAGGUCGGCUUUCAGAUACGAUUUGAACGCAAUAGAACCAAAAACACGCACAUUGUGUUUAUUACUGAGGGUCUGUUGUUGCGCCAGCUAGCUGUGUCGGACAAUCUUGACAUGUAUGAUGCGCUAAUUUUAGACGAGAUACACGAACGUAAUAUGUUCGGCGACAUUUUGCUAGGUGUUGCAAAGUGUCUAUUACGAGCCAGUCCGAAACUAAAGCUUAUACUUAUGUCGGCGACUAUUAACGUGAAAUUGUUCCUCGACUAUUUUAAGGAGGAGGGAGCACAUCUAUUACAGGUGCCUGGGAGAUUGUUUCCUAUUAAAUUAGUCUAUAUGCCUCCGCCGGCACUGGAAGCUCCAAACAUUGCGGGGAGCAGUAAGCAUAUGCACCGUGGCUUACGAAUUGACCCGUCGCAGUUUCUACAGGCACUGAAAAAAAUUGAUCAGCAGUAUCCCCUGACCGAGCGUGGUGAUGCAUUAAUAUUUGUAAGCGGAGUCAAUGAAAUAACUAGCGUUUCCGAAGCUAUUAUGGAAUAUGCCACGGAAAACGCGCAUUGGAUUCUUUUACCGCUACAUAGUGGCCUUGCACUCGCCGAACAAGACAAAGUUUUCGAUUAUGCGCCCGAGGGUAAACGCAAAUGUAUUGUGUCCACAAAUAUUGCUGAAACAUCGCUUACAGUGGAUGGUGUGCGUUUUGUUAUCGACUCAGGUAAAUUUAAAGAAAUGAGCUACGAUGCCACGUGUAAAGCGCACCAUCUGAAGGAGUUCUGGGUUUCUAAGUCUUCCGCAGAACAGCGCAAAGGUCGUGCCGGACGCACGGGACCAGGCGUUUGCUUCCGGCUCUACACUCAACAGCAGUAUGAUAGUUUUGAAACAUAUCCUGCACCUGAAAUAUUUCGCGUGCCACUAGACACUAUACUUUUACAAAUGAUAUCCAUGGGACUGCCAAAUGUGCGCAACUUCCCAUUUAUUGAGGCCCCUGACCCAGAGUGUAUUGAGCAGACAGUUUUAGGGCUGAAAUAUCAUGGAGCACUGGAAGUGGACGAGAAAAUCACACCGCUGGGCACCUCACUGUCCAAUCUACCCGUGGAACUAUCGAUUGGCAAAAUGUUGCUCAUGGGCUGUGUCUUCCCGGAUGUAGAGCAGAUUCUUACAUUAGCCUCUCUAUUAAGCGUGCAGAGUCCGUUUACAAAUCGUGCUUUUACUGAUCACAAGUGCGAACUCUAUCGCCAGGCCCUAGAAUCAGACCAGGGUGAUCUGUUCAUCCUGCUAAAGGCUUACCACGAGUGGCUCCAGCUCAAAAUCGGACGACAGAAUACCCGCAAAUGGUGCCAUCAACUAGGCAUUGAAGAGCAGCGGUUCUAUGAAAUUAGCCAAUUGCGCCAGCAAUUCCAGACCAUUCUUGAGAACUGCGGAAUGAGACCGAAGAGUAACACUGAGACAUUAAGCAGCUCAGAACGUGCAUGUCGGCAUGGAGAACUGCGCCAGCUGAAGGCUCUGAAACGCAAACACAAAUUUGAGCAGCCGCAUAAGCAACAUGGUGCACUAAAAAAAAAUAACUUCGGGGAUGAUAACAAUUUUGAAGAUAUACGUGACGUGAACUUUCGGCUGCGGCAUAAUGGCCGGCAAUUGGACAUUUUAGCGCGAUCGGCGCAAGUGCAACUAAGACGCGACUUUUUCCUGUUAAAACUACUCUUCGUCAGCGGUUUCUAUCCACAGUUUGCCAUUGCCGAUGAAUUUAACUCUUUGAAGGGCGCCAGUGAGCAAUUCUUUCAUACAAAAUUGAAGUCAUUUGUAAGUAUGCACCCAAAUGCGUACUUUUUCAAAGGCUUUGAGGUGCUCAAGAUAAUGGAAACUGACAUACAACCGAAGCCCAACUACUACUCUUCCAAACAGGCGCUAAGCGGAAGGCAUCAGUUGCUUUGCUAUCAAUCUCUGCUGGAAAUUGCCAAACCCUACUUAGUGAACUGCGUUCGCCUGCCGGCCGCACACACUCUACUUCUCUUUAGUUAUGCAAUUGAUACAAAUAUAAACGUAUCCCGGGUGGUUUGCGAUUCAUGGGUUUGUCUGGAAUUUCCUCUUCCUGAUAGUGGUUUGGAAAUACUGUGCCGUGCAAUCAGGCUACGACGUCGCUGGAACUCUCUUUUGCAUGAGAAGCUUAAUGAUCUUAACACCAGUAGCGAUCAAUCUUCCAAUAAUACUUCAAUUGAUGGUGCUCUCUGGCACGACUUAGUGGACUUUAUGAGUCUUGAAGUAGCGUACACUAUUAGUCGUUUGUUGCCGGCUGACCUUAAAACACUCUAUACGAAUGCACCAUUACCUCAAUUCGAGGCAUUGACUACAAAUCCAUUUGCUCCCGCCUACACGAUAACCAAUAACGAUGAAAAAGGCGGUGUGAACGUGUGCGAACAUGUCGUUUUUGGGUGCCUGGCAGAACAGCAAUGGACACUAGCCAUGAACGCAAUGCUUCAGGAACACGGGUGGAAAUGUUCGAAAUGUGCUUACGAGUUAAUGCAAUAUGAUAUGUUGGACCAACUCCAGCAUCGGGGACAGUGCCAACGCAGCUGCUCAUAGACUAUAAAUACAAGCAUCACUCCGUCCGUUAAUGGCAUGACAGCGAAAAAGAUACGCACACAAGUCGAACUUUUUUCAUGUCAAUAGCAAUAGUGCAUUAACUAAAAUCAUUAUUUGAAAGUUACGAAA